UCAUUCCAUGGUGUUUCCCAACUUUUUUUUUCCCCCAUUUCCAAGGGGAAAUACAUUCACUGGAGAAGCCCCUGGGGUGUUUCUCACUGGGAUCCUGCUGUUGGUGGGGUGGUUUCCAGCCCUUCUCCAGGAGAUUUCCACAUUCCAGGAGGGAGCUGAGGCUGUGCUUUGGGGUCUGCUGAGGUGCCAGGGGCAGCUUGAAUUAAGUUUUGCAGUUAGUUUUUGGUCAGAAACUGCCUUUGGAAAUAACAGAUCAGGGUUGAUUCCUUAGGAAUGAAGUCACUCUGCUUUUGCUGGGAAUGCAGGAGUCAUUCCUGGCAUUGUUUGUGCCAGGUACGCUGCUUGACUGCUCAUUUUUGUGGUGAAAACCUUAAAUAAAACACCUUAAAUCAGGUUUUCAUCAUGGAACUGAAAUGAGUUUCACAGGGACGAUCAGGCAGUGUUGGCAUUUCUGAGCAGGAACUGGAAAAAUUCUAACAGGAAAAAUUCCUCACUGCGAUUUUGUCCGAGCUUUUCAAUUCAGUGUUAAUGACAGAUUUGAAUCCUCUUCGUCAAAUUAAACACGUUGAUACUGGAACAUGGAAUUAAUGAAUGAAUUAAUUCAUUCAGCCCAAUUCAAUUCGUUUUAAGUUUUGAAUUCUAGUCAUCAAAUUAAGCGUGUUGAUAUUGGAACACGGCAAUUAAUUAAUUAAGCCAAAUUAAGUUUGUUUUAAUGACGGUUUUGAAUCCUAUUCGUCAAAUUAAACACGUUGAUACUGGAGCACAGAAUUAAUUAAUUAAGCCAGAUUCAAUUCGUUUUAAUGAUGGUUAUGAAUCCUCUUCGUCAAAUUAAACAUGUCGAUAUUGGAACACGGCAAUUAAUGAAUGAAUGAAUUAAUUAAGCAAAAUUCAAUUCGUUUUAAUAACGGUUUUGAAUCCUGUUCGUCAAAUUGAACGCGUCGAUAUUGGAGCACGGCAAUUAAUGAAUGAAUUAAUUAAGCCCACCUCCGCGCCGCCAGGGGGCGCUGCGGGCGCGCGGGAGGGCGCCGCUCGCGGCGUGACGUCAGCGCACCGCCGUCGUGACGUCACCAGCGCGCGGCGCCGCCAUGGAGCCGGCGGAGCGCGGGGCCGCCAUGGCGCCGGGCUGUCCCGGGGACCCGUGGGCCGUGGGCGAGGAGACGGCGAUCCUGCACGGCGGCUUCCUGCUGGCCGCCCGCCUGCUGCAGCCGCGGCCGCUGCGGGAGCUGCGCAAAGCCGACUGGCCCCGCGCGGGGGUGCCCAUCACGGACGCGCUGCGCGAGAUCGGCGAGCGCUGCCCCUCGCCGCGGGGCCUGUGGAAGAAGGAGGCCGUGGCCAUCGUGUGGGCGAAAAUCCUGCUGCCCGCCCCACCCGCCGCCGCGGCGCUGGAGUGCGGCUGGAAGGAGGACGGGUUCUUCUCGGUGGGCGCGAUGAUCCCCGAUGUCAACCACACCGCGCUGUUCGAGCUGGUCAAGGCGCUGGGCGCGCCCCGGCUCUUGGUGCAGCUGCUGCUGGCGCUGCCCCCGGCUGUGUGCCGGGGACAGCUGGAGAGCUUGGUGGAGUACAUCUCCAGCGAGACAUCCCCGUCGGACGUCAGGUUCUUCUUGGACGUGUGGUGGGAGGUGCUGAAGCACAGGGAGGGACAGGAGGAUGCCACGGUGUCGGCGUUCGGCGCUCUCAUCCAUCAGCACGGCGGGGAGUCCUCCCUGGAGGAUGGGCUGCAGCCCCCUAAGAGGUUCAAGGGUGACCCUGGGAGCGCCUCAGCGGCCUCCGGGCUGCCCACGGUGCUGCUGCAGGGGUUAAAGCAGAUCCGAGGCAGCAUCGCCCAGCCCCGCCUGAGGUGCUACGCCCUGGCCAACCUGGCCGAGCUGCUGUGCCUGUCCUCGGAGCUGGGGCCAGGGGACAGCCCCCUGCCCAUCACAGAGCACCUGGCCAAGGUCAGUGCCAUGGUCAGCCUCUGGAGCAGUGAUGCUGACUGCCAGUACCACCCCUGCGGGCUGGGAGAGAAGGUGAGGGAGGCAGAGAGGAGCAUGAGCCUCCUGUGCCUGACCAGACCCUCUCGUGAGGAGCUCUUUGGUGGCUUGGACUUGCUCUGCAGCUUGUUGCAGGCCUGGGGAGAGGAGCUGCAGGACACUCUGAGGGGAUCUGAGGAGCUGUGCUUCGAGAGCUACCGGCUGCUGGAUGCUCUGGCCAGCCUUGGGAAGAACCUGGAUUUCAUCUCAGAGACCAGAGAGCUGGGGGAGGGCGAGACACAGGUGGUGUCAGAGCUGACACAGCUCACCAAGGACUUCCUCAGGGACACCAGUGCUGUCCUGGAGGAUGUGGACACCAGCCUGGUGUCUUCAGUUGCCAUGGCAAUCAUUGCACAAAGGCUGGACCGCCAUGUGGACACGUGCUCUGUUUUUGCAUCUGAAAAGACGUGGGCUUUUUCAAAGGCCUGGGUCGAGUGCCUGGUGGAAAACAAAGCUCUGUUCCAGACCCCUGAGCUAGUUUUGAAACUGCUGGAGACGCUGGUGAACUUUGCCACAUCCCACCAUGACAAGGAGGCCCAAGAGCUGCAGAUGCAAGUGACCAAAGCCAUCGUGGAGUGUUACACUGGGCUUUCAUUGAGUGACAAAAACAAAGUGAUCUCAGGUGUCCUGGCGUCCUGGGGUGGCCCAGGUCUGUCCCAGAACGUGCAGGUUGUUAGGGAGGGGUUCCAGGAGGACCUGAAUGUGACUUUGAACCAGAUCACAGAGAGUGUGUCUGAUGAAGGCCUGGCCAGGGCUGUGGAUUCCAUGGCCAGGCUGAUGCUGCUGUCCCCUGAGGCCACAGUGAAGCAGGUUUGUCAUCUUGCUGUGGUCAACCUUGGAGCACACCAGUUCCUUGCCCAAAUCCUCUGCUCCUUCCCAGCACUGAGCUUCCUGGAGAGCCAUGAGGAUCCAGGAAGGCCACGCAGCCUGGUGGUGAGGUGUCUGGAGGAGGCAGUGUGGGGGAAGCUUUCCACAGCAAGGGAAGAGGAGCAAUUCCUUCAGUUCCUGGCCUUUCUCCUGCAGCCAGGCUCAGCCACCCCCCUCGUGUCACCUGCAGAAGUGACCAAAGCCUUUGUCCUUCCCUGUUUGAAGUCAGACUCUGCUCAGAUUGAGCUGAGCCUGCAGAUCCUCAGUAAGGUUUUGGGAAUACCGUCCUGCUCAGAAGAGCAUUGGAUCAAAUCCUGCCACCCCUUCCCACUUCUCCUCAGCCUCUGCAAACUUCUGGAUGGUUACACCAAGUACUGGCAUCAGCCUAGGGAGCAGCUCUUCCCUUCCCUGGAGACUAAAGACCUGAUUCAGAACAUCCUCUGCCAGCUGUGUGAGCUGGUGGGACCAGAGACCGUCCCCUCCUCGGAGCUGUGGGUGCAGUCGCUGGCCUGGCUCCACAGGAAGGUGACAUCACUGGACUGGACCGUGGGGCUCCGUCUGAAGAAGCUUUAUGGGGACCACUUCAAGAACGAGGUCCCAGCGACGCUGUUUGAGAUCUGCAGGCUCCCUGAGGACGAGUGGACAUCCCAGGCCUGGCCAGCCUACGGGGCAGGCAGCGGGCUGCUGGCGUGGAUGGAGUGCUGCUGCGUGUCCCCAGCGCUCAGGGACACCAUGCUGGCGCUGCUCACCGUCAACGUGGACAACCCAGAAGAGGUGAAUCUCUUCAGCAAAGGCUUCCUGGUGGCUCUCAUCCAGGUGCUGCCUUGGUGCAGCCACGGUGAGUGGAAGAGGCUGGUGCCCGUGGUGGAGCAGCUGCUGCAGAGGCAGGUGCUGCACGUGCCCUACACGCUGGAGUACGUGCAGCACAUGCCCCUGCUCAACCUCCGCCCCUUCGCCUGCCACCUGCAGCUCUCCGUGCUCCUCCUGCGGGGCUUCCAGCUCCUCUGCAGCUCCAGCUGCUCCAGCUGGCUGCCACCAGAGGCCUGGCUGCACGUGGUGCAGCUGUACUGCGCCAGCCUCACCGACCUGCUGGCCUCCCUCAAGGCCACGGCGGGAGCCGCGGCUCAGCCCUGCGCGCAGGAGCUGUCCUUCACCUGCAUCCAGCUCUUCUGCCACCUGCUGCACGUGGCUGCCAUGCUGCCGGCCACGGGCUGCGAGGAGCCACUGCUGGUGGCGGCCCUGGAGGUGCUGUCACAGUACGAGGUGUGCAGCAAGGCUGACGGGUCGCCCUGCGCCGCGCUGCGCAGAGCCAACGAGGGACACUUCCUGCAGUCUGUGACGGACAGCCUGGGGCACGAGGAGCUGCGCAGCACCCUCCUGCAGAAGCUCAGCAAGCUGGGAGCACGCUCAGAGCACUGAUCUGGACCUUGUAAGAUGUGUAAUAAACCCUUAGUUUUCUAUUUUGAGUUUAUUUCCCCUGCUGUGUUCUCCCGCUAAGCAGUGGAAGUGGCCGUAUGAUGAUGGGUGGGAGGAGCCACUUUGGUUUUCCUCUGGAAUAACUGGGCACAGCUGUUCCUGAGCCAAGCUGCCAGUUCUGUGGCUGCAGCCUUGCCUGCUGGCUCUCUGCGUUUACACAGCAGCCUCCAGCAUCGAGGAAAUCGCUUCCCUCUGGCUGCUUUGCCACCAGCCCUCUCCUAGUCCCCAGAGAAUUGCUGGUUUUGCCACGUGCUGCCUGAGGCUGGAAAGCAAGUUGGAGGCUGGGAAUCGAGUUGGGUGAGUUCAGGACAGGCAGGAACCUUUGGAAAUCCAUGUGUGCUGCUUCUGCCCGGAGGUGGGGGUGCAGCAGUAACCCCACAUGUAACGCCCCCACCCAGCAAUGAACAGCACGUGGAAGAGCCAGCCAGUGGUGUGACUCAGAGAGGAAAUCUUUAUUGGUCUCCUGACAGUAAAUAGGGCAGUGUUAGUGCAAACUGAGGUGCCUCAUUGGCUGGGUUUUUUUUUGUCCUUACAUAAGGCACGUUAUUCGCAAUGAAAACAGUGAGAUACAACAUCUGUAAGGA